CAACAGUUGAUAAGCAAUGCAUAUAAAACAAUGAAUAUAUAUGUCUAUCUAAGAGCGAGCGGAUAAUUCAACGGAUAAUGAUGAUCUUGUUCCUUUUGCUGAUUGCCAGUGUGUCUUGUUUUCCAGAGAACUUUAGAGCAAUUGUGAAAGUUGACGGGAAACCAGUUCACGUAGAUUUCGUUCUCGAUCUUGAGAAAAACACAUUUGUGGUCACUGUUGGUAGAGUCAGCCAUCUUGGACCAACAUUCUCAAGUACCGUUAAUCUUCAUGACUUCAAUAUGCAAAAACUAGCAUUUAAACGGAUAGAUGCUGGAAUAUGUUAUGUUAUUCAUAUGGACGAGAAUCUUUCAGAACUAAGUACUCGACUACAUAACAUGACAAGUGAAAUAUUUGCACCUAAUCUACCAAAACAUGUCUAUCGACUCACCAAAACCAGCAUGUCGAAUGAAAACCUGAUUGCCUAUGCCGGUUCAAAGAUUGCCAACUUUUGUCGUGGUUAUCAGACCAAAUAUGCACAUAGAGUGGACGAUGAUGAGAUUCACAGACGGGCGUUGUUACAACAGGUAUCGGAUAAUGUUGCUUGCGGCUGUGACCGUAUUAAAAUGAUUAUUUGAAAUUUCUACAUUUACCAAAUUAUCACAAUAAAGGGGUAUUAAGUAGUUGGA